UUGCCUCUCAGUUGGCUCAAGUGUAUCGCGAUGGAACGACUGUUUUCGCGUUCGAUUUUCGCGCUUUCCCGUGCCGGUACCGUGCGCGAGCUCUGUCCCUGCUUCACCACAUCGGCCUGUUCCGCAUCCUGCGCUUGAGAAGCUUUUCCCUCCUUCCUGCUCUUCUCCCUUCUCUCUCCAUCUCUCUCUCCGCCGCCACCACCACCAUCAAUACUGAGCUGGCUAGAGGGCCGUGUGUGUUAGUUCGGUUUGUUACGCGGAAGAAAAACGACGGAAACGGUGUCGCGUGUGGGACACCGAAAAACACAAAAAGCGAUUAACGGGUGCGGCGCGUUGUUCGAGCCUGGAUCGGCCACUACUUAGCUAAUUUUCACCUUAACGAGUGUUUGGGUUUUUACUGAUUCGGAAACGCGCGUGCGACAAGAUUAGCGGACAUACGGCGGGUUCAGCUUGCGAAAGUGUGUGAGUGGAUGUGUUUUGCGUUGUGUGGCAUAUGGCUCAAAUAUGAAGAAGUGAGUUGAAAAUGAGCACAAAAUAAUGGAACUAGAGUUCUAUUAGAAGUUAACGAAAAGAUAAAAAACAGUGAAUGAAACAGUGCGUGAAGUGAUUGAAAUAAAAAUAUGUAGCGUUAGUUAAGAAAGCGAAGAAGAACUUCGAGAGUAGAAAAUCGAGCUAUAGAAAACUGAGCAAAAAACUGAAAUAGCACAAACAGCACCCGCUCUCGCCCUGUUUGUAAUGCAUAUCCGGAUCGUCGGCAGUGGGUAGUUUUGCAAAAUGGCCACCAUAAUGUCGCAUAAUUUACCCCUGAUACCACUGCCGCUUAAGGCGGGUGUGGCACUGGCCAAGGCCAGCCUUAUGCUGCCCGGUGCCGGCCUGCUCGGACUUGCAUCUGUCCCCGAGCCUCGAAAGUCGUCAUCCACACCACCAGAAUCGUCGAGAGUUAGCGACAGUCCGAAGCCCGCGCUGGAGGACGAAGAACUCGAUCGGAUGAGCUGCUGCAGUGACGAUAGUGAGCUAUCCGUUGGGCAGGAGGUCCCGGAUGAUUUGCGUGCCCCACCGACAAUGCUAAGCGCACCGGAUGAGCUGAGCAAUGAUUCGUCCCGCUACUCGAAAGAUACACCCUCGGAAAUGGAGUUUGCGGCACGGCUGCAACCCGCAAUGUUACGUCCUAGUCCAACCCGUCUGCACGAAGAAUUCCUUCGCAAUUCGCAACUGUACGCCGAGGAACUGAUGCGUCAACAGAUGCAAAUAGUGGCGGCAGCACGAGGUCUAACGAUGAGCCCGGCGAAGAGUACGUUGGGCGGACUUCAAUCCGAUCGCAGUCCAACGCCGGGAGAACCAAGGAUGGGUUUCCGGCCGGCUGGUGGAACUCGUGGUGAUUUCUACCGCCAAGAUGCAUCCUCCCCGGGAGAAGGUGCGGGAGGUGCGGGCGGAAACUUCCGGGGAAUCCAUUCCCAUCUGAGUGCGAUAUCGCAGAUUACGCAGAAUCUUAACAGUGACCUUUCGAAGCUAACCUCACCGACGGCGUUCCGUACGUCACGGGAAAGCUCACAGUCACCACCAUCGGCGAACCCCAAUAUGCACGGUCUUCAUCAGCUGCAUCAGCAGCAGCAGCAGCAGCAACACCAGCAGCAUCUUCACCAGCAACACCAACAGCAUCAGCUAGCACUGGCCGCCCUGAACAACAACAUCGCGGUAGCACUGAACGACCAAAGCCUUAAGUUUAGCAUCGACAAUAUCCUGAAGGCGGACUUUGGCCGUCGCAUUACCGAUCCACUGUUGAUGAAGCGCACGCCCAAAGGUGGCCACCAUCAGCAUGUGCCAUCGGCAUCGGGGAGCCGAAAGUCCGCCAGCAAAAACCCGUCGGCAAUCGAUCUCAGCGGUGGGCUCGGUGGGUCUGAGCAAACGUCCUCCUCGUCGACACUAGCGCCCCUGUUGGGCGGUACUGCAACUGGGGCCGGUAGCAUAGCGAGCGCACUGUCUACGGUGAAACAGUUCUGUACGGCGGUUAGUACGACCACGACCAGCAGUAGUCGGGCCAGUUCGGGGUCGGUUAGCUCGGUCGGGUCGGUUGGUAGUGAGGAUGUGAGUCCGAUCUCGCCCCUGUCGUCGACGGGAUCGCUCAAGGGAGCGGAAUCCGGAGCUGGUGGAAGUUCCUCGAGUGCGACGAACGCUGGUGGGAGUGGUGCUAAUGGUGGUAGUGCGGGGUCCAGUUCCGGGUCGGGCAGCUCCGGAUCCGGCUCCGGUGGACCGAUGGUGUGGCCUGCCUGGGUGUACUGCACACGGUACAGCGAUCGACCUAGUUCAGGAAGAAGUCCACGGACGCGCAAACCAAAGAAAAGCCCGGCGGAAAAGAGUGCGGCCAGUGCGGCACAGGCGAGCGCAGCGGCAGCCCUAGCCGAUGACAAGCGACCACGGACGGCAUUCAGCGGACCUCAGCUGGCACGGUUAAAGCACGAGUUCGCCGAAAACCGCUACCUUACCGAACGGCGCCGUCAGCAGCUCAGUGCCGAGCUCGGCCUGAACGAGGCGCAGAUCAAAAUCUGGUUCCAGAACAAGCGGGCCAAAAUCAAGAAAUCAUCCGGCCAGAAGAACCCGCUCGCCCUCCAACUGAUGGCCCAGGGUCUGUACAAUCACUCAACCGUCCCGUUGACCCGCGAGGAAGAGGAGCUCCAGGAGAUGCAGGCAGCGGCAGCAGCGGCCGCCGAAUCCCGUACCGGAUCGGCCGGUCCAUCAGCAACCGCGGCAAAUGCGUGAAAACCUCCAUUCGUCAAAUAAUCAGUGCGAAAUUCGUGUUUAUUUGGAACCUGCGUGAAACAAGCAUGGCAAUAUGAAGUUGUGGCGAGCAAUGCGAAGAAGCGAAUCAUCUGUGAUAACUAAAAAUAAUGAUACUACUACUAUGAUAACGUUUUUGUGUUUGUGAGUAUUGAACGAUUGCAUGUGCGAAGUUUAGUUAUUAAAUGCCCUGUAAAUUACCAACCCAUGUUCAUGUACAGUAACGAGUAACGAGGCCGCAAGCAGACGCUAAGUGGCGCUGUUUGUCUUAUUUAUUAUUUGAAGAAAACCAGGAACCAGGCGGUCGAGUAGGAGUAGUAAUCCUCCGACGGCAUUCGUUUCUACCGACACUAGGCCGCUCAUGUAGCCACUUGUAAAUGAAUUUAUUAAAAGAAGGCCCCAAAAAAAAAAAUGUCCGUGUCCCGCGAUUUUGAAUAACAAAAUUAAGUCAUAUCUAGGUGGAGCAGAAGCAGCAGAGUAGGAAGGGCCGUGCUAGAACUAUCACGCCAGUGCAGUAUAGUCCAGAGACACUUGUGUGAACGAACUUUUACCCUUUAUCCGUAAAUAAUCCCUUUUCCUUCUCGAAACGCAAAUGGGCAGCAAGGAAAAAUUCUAAUGGCCGCAUGGAAGGCCUCAAAGUUUAGCGAGAAGUCGGCCAACUGCUAAAGUUAGCUCAGAGCAGUGCCGAACACAACAACCAAAAGUCGGUCUGGCGAGGAAGAAAACUUACUUGGAAAAAUAAAAUAUUCAUAGUUCAAUUAAAACUGUUCAA